AUUGACUCUCUCCUUUUCCAGGACGACGACGACUUUGUUUUCUUCCCUCUCUCUCUCUCUCUCUGCCUUUUCCUUCUUGACGAAGUCGUCUUCACAAUUCUUCAUUUCAUCCCUCUGCAGAUUCGACCUCGUCACCUGUCACACAAGAUUGUAGCUCCGAUCCUAUAUGGCUUCUUUCUGGUCCCUCGAACUCCUCCUUAAAUGCAUUGAUUUUCUUUCAUGGCCCGUUCUUGCUUUGGUUUAUCCUCUAUGCGCUUCCGUUGAAGCAAUUGAGAAUGAUAGCCAUUCAGACACUCGGAAUUUGAUCUCUUAUUGGAUACUUCUCUCACUGAUAUACCUCUUUGAGUAUGCUUUUCUCCAGCUUCUUCAAUGGAUUCCGUACUGGCAUUACGUGAAGCUAGCGAUUGUUGUCUACCUUGUGAUGCCGGACUUUGGAAGAGCUGCUUAUGUCUAUAAUCACCUCAUUCGUUCAUGUCUCUACAUGAAUCCACAGGCAGUCAUAAGCAGAUUCAGCGACUGGAAGAAGAUAUUUGUCGAGAAAGAAGACUUUCUAAUGCAGGCUGAGAAGUACAUAACACAGAAUGGAACUGAAGGCUUAGAGAAACUCAUUGUUAGCAAGAGCACAGAGAAAAGUCCUAAUGCAGAAACAAGAAAAGCAGUGCCAAGUACUGAGAAGAAUGAAAUCCUGAAGACAAAUAGAGGAAGGCUUCACAUGGAACAGAAAGAUAUCAAAGAUUUGGAGAUGAUUGAAAAAGAGGAAGUUUCCGAAGUCAAGCAAUUUUCAACAUUUCAGGCUAAUACAGCCUUGUGCAGCCUCGAAUCAAAUGAAAGCACAUCAUCUUCCACAGUGAAAACCCAAAAAAUGGCGGCAGACAAAGAGGGAGGAGCAUAUCCUCAGAUUUCUGCACUUGAGAAUGUACAAAAAGAGUGGACUUGUGCCAUAUGUCAGUUGACAAUGCCUUCUGAAGCUAAUUUGAAUUCCCACCUACAAGGAAGGAAGCAUAAGAUGGCUUGUGAAGCACUGAAAGCAAAGAAAACAGAAGGAAAUGCCGCGGCGACUGGCACAGGAAACGGAGCAUCUCAUCAGAGUUGUUUGUCUAAUGUACAGAAAGAGUGGACUUGUAACAUAUGCCAGGUUAGAACUACUUCCGAAGCUAAUUUGAAUGCCCACCUGCAAGGAAAGCAGCAUAAGGCUGCUUUUGAAGCACAGAAAGCGAAAAGCCUGAAUGUUGCUGAGAAAGUUUUGCUGAAGAAGAAUGACAAGUCCAAUGGAGAACAAGAGAAGAUAAUGAAUACUUCAAAUGCAUCAGAACAGAAUAUUACGACCAGUCAUCAUCCAAAAAUGGAGCAUAAAAAUGUUCAAACUGUAAACAUCAUUCAGGGGAAUAAAAGCAAAGGUUUUGAUCCCAAAACCAAGGUGCAAGAAUUGCAGAAGAGCACUGGAACAUCAAUUGAAAUAAACAGUUCCAGAUUAAGAUGUGAUAUGUGUAAUGUAAAGUGCACUAGUGAAGUUGACUUGGCUUCUCACUUCCGGGGCAGGAAACACUUGGCUCAGAGUCAAAUUCUUAGUGGUCCUAGUUAGUAAGAGUCAUCUGCUUCAGAAUUCUGCUUUUUCCAGUAUAUUUAUUUAUAUGGGGGCUAUAGAGUUUCUGUGCAUGGACGUUGUUGAAGUUUUGAUACCAUAAACUUUCUUAUGUUGUGUCAGAAUGUAGAAGAUUUUUUUUUUUUUUUUGGCCUCUGCCAUUAACUUACCAGGCACUUGAUCAUGUUCAUGAGUGGCUAGCAAAUGUUAUAUGCAUAAGAUACAGGAUUCUUUGGUAUUUUGCUCAA